AUGUCUCUGAAAAAUUAUUUAUCUGUCGAUUCUGACCACUCCAAGCAAGAUAGCUGCGAUGGUUUCGUGACCAACACAUCUUUCUCGAAAAUGAGUCGUUUUGCUCCUAAAAACAACAACUAUUACCAGCUCCUAAAAACAACAACUAUUACCAGCUCACAAAAACAACAACUAUUACCAGCUCCUAAAAACAACAACUAUUACCAGCUCCUAAAAACAACAACUAUUACCAGCUCACAAAAACAACAACUAUUACCAGCUCCUAAAAACAACAACUAUUACCAGCUCACAAAAACAACAACUAUUACCAGCUCCCAAAAACAACAACUAUUACCAGCUCACAAAAACAACAACUAUUACCAGCUCCUAAAAACAACAACUAUUACCAGCUCACAAAAACAACAACUAUUACCUGCUCCCAAAAACAACAACUAUUACCAGCUCACAAAAACAACAACUAUUACCAGCUCCCAAAAACAACAACUAUUACCAGCUCCCAAAAACAACAACUAUUACCAGCUCACAAAAACAACAACUAUUACCAGCUCACAAAAACAACAACUAUUACCAGCUCCUAAAAACAACAACUAUUACCAGCUCACAAAAACAACAACUAUUACCAGCUCCUAA